CUUCAACAUGUCGACGUCGACACCCUUCGAUAUUGAAAUUUGAGAACAAAGAGUAACAGAGAACACCAUGAAGCUACUGUCCGGCCAAAUGCACGUGCAAGGCCUAGCCUUUCGACUAGCCGAGCAGCUUGGCCCUAAUAGUCUCUCACCGCUGGGUUUAUGGCAGAACGUGCAUACGCGAGCGAAACCCAUGAGCAGCAAUUGGUCAAUCUAAACCCCGUUCGACGUGGCAUUGCCUUUGUCCCGCGCCGUUCGGAUCCAACACCAAGGUUCCCCAGGAUCCCGAAUCCUCCUCUUGUUGCACCACAGCUUCUGUAUCGCGAUUAUGUCAGGCGAAGACGAGCCAUAUUGGCUCGGGCGAGCCUCAGAAGAGCAAAAACGGCUUAUCAAGCAGCAUCAUGUGUGGACGAAGAGCAUCGGGUAUCUGCUACAUCCGUCAAUCGCUACCAAACUCCCAGAAGACGCCCGCGUCGCAGAUAUCGGGACCGGAACUGGCAUUUGGUUGGCUGAGUUGGCCAAGGUGUCGCCAUCCACAUACCAAUUCAAUGGAUACGACAUUUCCGAUGCGCAAUUUCUCCCAACAGAUACCCUUCCAUCGAAUGUCACUCUUCGUUUCGGUGACUUCAAGAAGCCCAUUCCCGAGGAGUUGCGCGGCCAAUUCGAUCUGGUCAACAUCCGACUGAUCAUCAUCUCCAUGGGCGAAGGCGUCUGGGAGGCUACUCUCCGCAACGUUCUCCAAUUGCUGAAGCCUGGGGGCGCAAUCUCUUGGACCGAGGGGAACUUCUUCGUCGCAAGGGGUUUCCGCGGAGCCGAUCCGGGCUCUUCUGGAGGGCACUACCUCACUAAAGCCCAGUUGCAGCUAAACAAUACCCUCAUCAACCGCUUCCGGUACAACUUUCCCGAGUGGACCAAGAUGUAUACUGAAGCGGGCCUGGAGAACGUCGAAGAGGAUGUUAGUAGCACGGAUCGGCUUGUGGAGCAGCGACCGGACUUUACGGAGAUCGGAAUGGGCGCCGUUUUCGGAGGACUGAAGAACCUGGCGAGCACGAAAGCUGAGGACUACUGGACGGAGCAAGAGGUGGAUGACUAUAGAGAGAAGGCGCUCGAGGACCUCAAGUCGGGUGCUUACUUGCGCUGGGAUCUCCAUGUCACCAUCGGCUGGACGAAGUCUUCUUGAGUGGAAUGGAAUGGCACAAACAGGUACCUCAGAGAACUGUCUCUCUACUUGGAUUUGCAUAUAUCAGUUGGACAUCAACACAAAGUAUCUAUAUCUUCAUGUAUACUCAGCUCUUUCGGCCGAACCCUUCGACGGGACGUUGCUAUCGCUCGGGCCUUGUUAAUAUGUCAUCUAUCGAGCGUCUGAUUGGUGCAGGUGGCGGCUUUCCUGAUUUUUGGUACCUGCCAAGACCCU